AUGGCUAAAGCCGUGCUAGAGGCUAGCCUGGCCAACCAGAGGGUGUCGGAGAUGCAUAGGCAAUUGGAACAAUACGAAGAUUGGAGUGGUUGUGAAAUAUCUAGAGAGGAUGGCCGAGAGAAUUCACAGGAUUUGGUGUGCCGACGGCGAUGGGAAAAUGACCACGCCUCGUCUGGGAAUGACUGGACGAUGAACCGAUCCGCAAGCAGGAUCGGAAAGAGGAAGCUUUCAUUACUCCUCACUAGUGAAGUCGCACCGGGUUUAAUUAAAUCCAAAAGUUUGCGCACAUCGCGAAAGGAAGGCUGGCGAUUCCGGCUCACUUCGUCGAUUGAAAUUGAACAGGAUGAUCUGGAAAAAAGCACGAUCCCUGUGGCACAAAAUGGCCUUUUAAGCAAGGAUCUUUCGCAAGACGUCCGAAGUGGGUUAAUUGAAGGUCUUGUUUCUAUUCCGACCGCUGAAUUUGAUUCACCGAAGGAGGUGGCUCCUAUGGGCGCACAAUUGUACGUCGAUUUUUGGGUGGUGGCCGCCGGAAACGGCUCCUCUUUUCGACAAGUUCGAGCUUGA